GUAUCCGAUCAACACGCAUGCGCCAUUGGGCAGCGUUAAGACAGCCAGUCACCGCUGUGGUCCACGGUGGUGUGAGGCAACGAGAGCUAAGGGAAGCGGGGGACGAUGGCACUGGAGAAGUGUCAAACUGAAUGGGACGAAAUCGAGAAAGAAUAUCAGCAAUUACAGGAAACGCAUAAGGUGUACCGACAGAAGCUGGAUGAACUUACCAGUCUCCAGGCGAUAUGCAGCAGUGCCAUUAGCAAGCAGAGGAAAGGCCUUAAGGACCUCAAGCACAGUUUGCACAAAUGCGCUUUGACAUCUGAUGAGAAACAAUCUGAACAGCUAAAGGACAUAGAAAGCCAAAUCAAAGACAAACAACAUGUCUUCUUUGAUAUGGAAGCAUAUUUGCCAAAGAAGAAUGGAUUGUACUUAAAUUUGGUCUUGGGAAAUGUGAAUGUAACUCUUCUCAGCAAUCAGGCUAAGUUUGCCUAUAAAGAUGAAUAUGAGAAGUUCAAACUUUACCUGACUAUUAUUCUGAUGUUUGGUGCCAUGGCAUGUCUCUUCUUUUUCAACUAUCGUGUCACAGAUGAAAUCUUCAAUUUUUUACUUGUUUGGUAUUAUUGCACACUGACGAUAAGGGAGAGUAUUCUGAUGAGUAAUGGGUCACGAAUCAAAGGAUGGUGGGUGUUACAUCACUAUGUCUCUACCUUCCUGUCGGGGGUCAUGUUGACCUGGCCAGAGGGAUCAAUGUAUCAGAUGUUCCGAAGUCAGUUCCUGGCUUUCUCUAUCUAUCAGAGUUUUUUACAGUUUCUUCAGUACUACUACCAGAGUGGCUGUCUGUAUCGGCUGCGGGCUUUAGGGGAGAGGAACCAGCUGGACUUGACCGUGGAGGGCUUCCAGUCGUGGAUGUGGAGAGGACUCACCUUCUUGCUCCCCUUCCUCUUCUUUGGCCAUUUUUGGCAGUUGUACAACGCAAUUACCCUAUUUACGCUGGCAAACCAUGAGGACUGCAAGGAAUGGCAGGUGUUCAUGCUGGGCCUGACAUUCAUGGUGCUGUUCCUGGGGAACUUUCUCACGACGCUCAAAGUGGUCCACCAGAAGAUCCAGAAGAACAAAGAGAAGCUGCAGAAGGCAGAAUGAGGCGGAUGAAGAUGUGGGGUCGGUGUUUGGGGAGGAGGCUGUUGAUGGAGGAGGAUGAAGAUGUGGGGUCGGUGUUUGGGGGGGGGGGGGGGGCUGGUGAGGAACGGGGAGAGCAAGCAGAGUGGCCAGUACAGAAACAAAACCGAGUGGUCAUCGCACCCUGACGCACACAAUUCAUUCAAGACUUUAGGGGAAAGGGAGUGGGGGUUGUGAAGAGGGGCAUUGUGGGGUACGGGGGCUCAGUAGGGACACUAAGUCCGCAGGUCUCAAGGCAGCUGUGCUUUACUGUGGUUUCUUUUUUUGUUUGUUUGUUGGUUUGUUUUCCUCAUCUGGUUUACUUGUUUACAUGCAACGAAAACACUAAGCGGGUCGGUUCGUGGUUGUGGUUCUUGUGUAGGCAGAUGCUGCUGUGUGGAGUAGGUCCGGUGCUGUCCAGGGGACGUCCAGUUCUGAUGGGAAAUUGGAUGGGACAACUAAGUGUAUGCAUUCAGGAGUUUGUGGUCUGUGUGUGUGUUGUUUUCCAUUUUGCGCACGGACACUUCAUGGGAGCUCACCUCAACUCCGAGGGAAGAAGAUGGAAGAUGGAAGCUGGUGGUGAUGUUCACGGUUGAGAAGAGCCAGAGUUGUAGAAGAAGCAACAUUGUAGAGAUCUUCUAAAGGGAAAACCCUGAAGAUCGUUUCUUUCUAUCGUUUCUUUACACUGCUGCUUUUGAGAGGUCCAGAGAGAGAGAGAGAGAGAGAGAGAGAGAGAGAGAGAGAGUGUGAGUCUAAGACCUAUAAGUGCAGACACACACAACUACAUGGCGAACAGCACAAAAUCUCUUGUUACACUAAUACAGUUUACACUCUGGACCUGCCAUUGAUGCUGCCCCUUCCGCAAGUAAUGCAGAAAUGCAAGAUUAAGUCAAAUUGACUAAAACAAUCGCAAUUGAGUUUGAUUGAUUGUGAAAUUUACUGGCAGAACAAAAGAUUCUGGCUCUUGAUUGCAGGUCUCUCUUGCUGCAGGCCUCUCUUCAGUCUGCCUCCCUUCUGUUCUGGGCUGCUUUGAUGUGAUGUAACCACGUACUGUGAAACCAUGUUUUGCUGCUUGCACAGCUACUGUAAUGGUUUAGGACAGCUGGAGGUGUCUGUCACUAAGCGCUUUGUAACUUCAAGUAACGACUGUUGGCCAUGUCCAAGUAGUGUUGAUGGUACAGACAAAAUGGUGAUGAUUAUGAUGAUGAAAAUGUGACAGGGUAGCAGCCCUUCGUGGAGCUAGGUGGACGUCCCCCCCCCCCCCCCUGCCAUCCAAGCAAGCUCCUCUCAAGACUUCAAAGCAAGCAUCCUGAUGAUGUAAAAUAAAUAAGUAGGUCACUGAAUAUGUUUCUGAAAUACUGUUUGUGGGAAAGAGUUUUAUAUACGUAGUUGCUUACGCAUGAGGAGUAAAACUCAAGCAAGAAGUUGUAUGUUGUGACACCAUUGUCAUUACACCACAACAUGCUAUACUUUGGCUUGUGUGCGUGUGUAUGUGCGUGUGUGCGUGCGUGCGUGCGUGUGUGUGUGUGUGUGUGUGUGUGUGUUCGUUCGUGGUCACUGGCAUCGUCUUCAGGCCUUCUGCUUUCCCCAGUAAAGACUGCAAUCUGUGCCUACAACCCAAGCCUAGAAACUGGAACUGAAUGCAGAAUGAAAGGUGUUUGUUUGUUUUAUUUGUUUGUUUGUUUUUCAGGUCUUCUUGCAUUCACACAUUCACUGUACAUUGCUGGUCAUCAGAAUAAAGCAAUUUGGGUCAGAA